UGUACGCCAAGCAGCGUAACAUGUAUGACAAGACAAAAACGAUUUCAUUGGGUCAAGGUCAAGGUCCACGUGCCGAGAAAAUGAUAUUGGAAGCAAAUCGCUAUGGCCACUGGGUGGUUUUGCAAAACUGUCACGUCGCCGUCAGUUGGAUGGGCGAAUUAGAGCGCAUUUGCAAUGACACCACGCUGGCGGAUGCAGCACAUCCCGACUAUAGGCUGUGGUGUACCUCAUAUCCGAGCAAUGUGUUUCCCGUCUCGGUGCUACAGAAUUCGGUGAAGAUGACAAAUGAACCGCCAAAAGGUCUUAAAGCGAACAUGUUUAGGUCGUUCAAUUCCGAUCCCCUGGUACGCGAUAAAUUCUUUACGAAUGCCUUCUUGUACUCGGAUAUGGCAAAUAAGUGCUGGCUGCGCGGCGUCUUCGCCUUAGUCUUYUUCCACGCUGUGGUGCAGGAGCGCCGUGAGUUCGGACCGCUUGGCUGGAAUAUACCGUACGAGUUCAGUGAGGCGGAUUUGAAAAUAUCGCUGAUGCAGCUGAAGAUGUUCAUCGCACAAAGCAAGAGCAUACCGUUCCGUGGACAUGUUUAUCUCACCGGCGAAUGUAACUAUGGUGGGCGUGUUACGGAUGACAAGGAUCGCCGCUUAAUCCUUUCACUGCUCAACAUGAUAUAUAAUCCGACCACAAUCGAAAUGGACAAUUAUCCCUUAUCACAAUCCGCCACCUACCGUGUGCCCCUAAAUCCAACUCGUCUCAACGCGCUCGAAUAYAUUUCGACGUUUGCACUUAGUCCUCAUCCGGAAGUUUUCGGUUUACACGAAAAUGCCGAUAUCAAUCGCAACAACAAGGAAACCAACAGCUUGAUUGGAGGUGUAUUACUUACCCAAACGGAUUUAAUGGCUUCAGUGAAAGCAAGUGGCGCAGCGGGUGGCGCCAGCGUUGACCCGGCAUUUGCCAUAUGCAAAGAAAUUCUGUCACGCCUACCACAAGCCUUUAAUAUUACCGAAGUGGGUCAAAAGUAUCCGGUGAUGUAUACAAAUUCCAUGAAUACGGUACUGCGACAAGAGCUGAUAAGAUUCAAUCGCUUGUUGGAUUACAUACGCAAAAGUCUCGUCAACGUACAAAAAGCCAUACAAGGUCAAAUCGCCAUGAUACCCGAAUUGGAGCGCACACAUUCAUCAAUGGUGAUCGGUAAAUUACCAGCCGACUGGCUGAAGAAAAGCUACCCAUCGCUCAAGCCACUGGGCAGCUACGUUACGGAUUUCCUAACACGCUUGGAAUUCUUUCAACGUUGGAUUGACGAGGGCGAACCAACUGUUUAUUGGCUGUCGGGUUUUUAUUUCACUCAAUCCUUUAUCACUGGUGUAUUACAAAAUUACUCACGAAAGAACACUUUUCAAAUUGAUAUGGUUGAAAUCAAAUUCGAAGUGACCAAGUUCGAGACGGAAGUUGAAAAACUACCAAGCUUUGGCGCAUACAUACGUGGUCUCUUCUUGGAAGGCGCACGCUACAAUCGUGAAACCCAAGAGCUAGAUGAAUCCUACUCAAAAAUUCUGUUCGAUACAUUGCCGGUGAUAUAUUUUCGUCCCACCUUGAAACAGUCACAGGAUGGUGGACAGGCGGCCAAGGAAGACGACAAAGGGCGUACCAUCUACGAUUGCCCGGUUUAUAAGACAAGCGAGAGGCGUGGUGUACUCUCAACGACUGGUCACUCCACCAAUUUUGUGAUGUACAUGCAAUUGAAUUGCAGUAAGGCACCAAUGCACUGGAUCAAUCGGGGCACCGCCUCCCUCUGCCAAUUGGACGACUGAGUUGCUUUUGAAGUCGUGCUGAUAUAAUCGCAUCUUAUAUUUUUUAUGUUUUAUAUUUUUUUUUCUUUUCAAUGAAUAUAAGAAUUCUCCCUAUUUCGACCUCAUAUUUUCUCUUACAAUAAAUAUUAUUUUCAUAUGCA